AUGGAAAAUGGGGAGCUUAGCAAUGCGCAUGAAAAAACAGAGGAAGAUCGGUUUUAUGAAAAUUCAAAUUUAGAGGAAGGAGAAUGUGAACAAAUCUCUAAUCAGAACAGUGGAGAUUCACUCUCUCCUUGUUUAAUUGCCAUGCUAGACAGCAUGGACAUUAGAUGUGAGAAUAGCAUAGAAAUUAGCCAGCAAAACUCUUGUUCCUCCCAGCAUGGAUGUGACAGUGGGGAAGAAGCAGAUUCUCUGCAGGAUGGUUCUGAAGACAGUCAAUACAAAGUUAGAGAGGACAGAACUUUCGAAAGCACAGUGGCUAUGGAGGACAUUUUCAAAACUUCAAGAAAUACUGUCAAAUUUCCCUUCAACAACAGUUCAGAAGAGAACAACAAUUUUCCAAAGGAAGAACAUAAGAUUUUCCUUGUUGUUAAGGCUGGCAUAGAUGGAGAAAGUAUUGGGAACUGUCCAUUCUCACAGCGUCUUUUCAUGAUACUUUGGCUCAAAGGGGUUGUAUUUAAUGUAACCACAGUUGAUCUGAAAAGAAAGCCUGCUGAUUUACAUAAUUUAGCUCCUGGGACCCACCCACCAUUUCUGACUUUUAACGGAGAAGUCAAGACAGAUGUAAACAAGAUUGAGGAAUUUUUAGAGGAAACUCUUUCACCUCCAAAAUAUCCUAAGCUUUCAGCCAACCAUCGUGAAUCUAAUACUGCAGGCAUAGACAUAUUCUCCAAAUUCUCUGCCUUUAUCAAAAACACAAAGCAGCAGGACAAUAACAAUUGUAACAAAGAAAUAUCGAAAUUAUGAAUUCCCGGCAGAAAUGACAAGACUGUGGCAAUACCUGAACAAUGCUUAUGCUCGGGAUGAAUUCAUCAACACUUGUCCUGCAGACAAAGAGAUUGAAAUAGCUUAUGCAGAAGUAGCUAAGAAGUAGCUUUGCAAAUCUUAAUCAGAAUCAGCAAGGUCCAUUUCUCCAGAGAAUUCCUGUUUUAUAGAUGCUUCUCCAUGAAGGCCUUCAACUAUAUAUGUAUGAAAGUUGGAUAACUUUGACAAAAUUGAUCACUUUUCUGGAUGCAUCUUGAUCAAUAUUUCACUGAUGAAAUACUGGGUGAAGACAAUGUGGAAUAGAGAAAGCACAACUCCAAAUUAUUAUGUUUUAUAAUUUAUGAUUUGGUAGGAGUACUUGGAGAUGGGGGUGGGGGGAACCUUCCCUUUUCCUACAGAAAAUGUAGGACAGGAGAAGGCAUUUCUGAAAUCUUUACCAAUAAACUGGAACAAAUGUUAUAUGGUCCACUGAUAUCAUUUGGUUUCAUUCAUAUACUUGGGCUAAAAAUUGAAAGGUAAAUAUAAAAUAUAAUUUUGCCUUAUUUCUAAUUAUGAUCUAUCUGAAAAUACUGUAUGUUGCAAUUAGGGUUGAGAAGUUUAAAUUUGGAGGCAAAAUACGGAUGACUGUAAGAAAAUGUAUCUUAAGCAGAGUGUUGCCUUUAGGACUAUUUAGCAUAAUUUAAGGCCUUCUAAAACCUAUUCCAUCCACUCAGAUAGCAGGGCCUAAAGCUCAAUGGAAGCUUUUAAAUCUUAAAUAUAAUGGGAAUCAUAACCCAAGUGUAUCUAAUGUGGUUCAGGCUGCUCAUCCUUACACAUUUAAAGGAAAGGCUGGAAGUCCUAUUUGGAAGUAGAAUUUUACUACCUAGGUUUGGGUAAAAGUAAGAAAAUGCCACUGACCAAACCUGAGUGAAUAUUAAAAAUAGAGAGGUUCGCGUAUCUCAUUUUCUCCCAUGCAGAAGAUGGAAGCAUUGAAAUAGUGAUUUAAAAAAUUAUGUGUCUUUAUGACUGGGGGGGCGGGGGGAGGCAGGUGUUAGAAGGAGUGAUACAGGAACAGGGAUCUAGAUAAUCUUAAAAUCUCACUAAUGUUCUGAACUUUGUUAUUUUGUAAUACAUGCAGUCUUUGCAGAAAGAUUUGUGCUUUAAGACAAUGACUGCUUUGUUCUGUCAAUUGCUCACCACUGUAUUUUUUUGUAAUGAAAUGUAGAGGUUGAGUUCAUAUUCUUUUGGCACUUGCAAGAAAAAAAAUGAAUAUGAUAUAGCAGGACUGCCAACUAAGUUGGACAACAUCCAGUUGCACUCUUUUAACUUCAAUAAAGGAGACAUUCAAAUUUUCUAUUAUUUUCUUUAAGCCAUAGAAACAAAGGAAGAUUUUUGUUUGUAAAAUCUUUAUUUGAGACCAGGCUCAAAUAAAGUGAAGUGAAGUGGUAUAGAAAACUAGGAACCUGAUCUUAAAUCUCAAGGAACAUUCUGGAGCUCACAACCUUCAAUUCUCAAAAAGUGAUGCCUCCUGAGGGUGACUCUGUGGACUAGCAGCAAAACCUAAUAUAUAGCUACUUCAGCUUGUCUUGCUUAAGUGAUAUUUCUGUGGAAAGCAAAAAUAAGAUAGAGACUACAAAAAGUAGUGUGAGUGGGAAAGGUAUAAUAAGGACCUGAUGGUGACAUCCAUAAAUUCUAUUAAGUCAGGGAGUGGCCACAGUAAAAGUUUUUCCUUGAAACACAUAACAAUUCAAAAAUAUUUUUCUUUUAAAAGUAGCUGCAGAAAUAACCCUGCAGCUAUGUUCAGAAUGUAAGCAAUCUAAGACAAUACAGAUUUCAUCAGCCUCUCCAUGCGCUCUGAUGCAGUUCUCACAUACCUACCAUUGAUUGCAAUGAACUUCCACUGGAAUCUAAAAAGAUUUGGAAUCCAAAAUCUUGGCUGCAAAAAAUAAAACUGUGCUGUAUCCUUUGUUUAUAUCCAGCAUUUGUUUUCACUGAACUUUGUAAUUCCUCUUUUGAAAGUCCAUAAACUCUCCAGUUUUCCUUCUGAAUAGACAAAUUAAAGACAGGUUAGACUAGAAAGUAAUGGCUCCUGACUUUAAAACAUUGCCGAGAAAUCAGCUGGCUCAGAAAAUGCAAGUAAUAGCCAGAAAAGUCUAGUGAGAUCACAAAAAUCUAUUUGCGUAAAAGAGAAGAGAAAGCAGGCUAGAAUUAUUUCUUCUUUAAAUAUAUGAAAUAUUUUCCAAAUCAGCAUUCAAAAACAGAUGAUCCUAUAUAUAAUAAGCAUGGCCUGUUUUUAUGUAAAGAAGAGUGAUAUUGAUAUUUCUCUCUUUUUUUAAUGCUAGCCUUCACUUCUAAAACUGCUGACCAGUUAGGCUAUUGCGAAUAAAUUUAGAGCUAAUGGCUCAAUAGUUGUAAUAUCAAGUGAAGACUUGCAUGUAUGAAUUGAGACAACACAAAUUAAUUUGCAUAGUUAUAAUUCUCAUUUCACUUAUCAAGAAAAUUCAGUCCAAAAAGUUCACAUUUCUCCAUGUACAAUCAAAUGAUAAGGAAUCAAUUAUAUUAAUGUGUGAAUCAGCUCCCCUUUGAAUGGAAUUAAAACUGAUUCUUUGCUUCAACACUAAAAGCUGAAAAAACAAGCAGAGGAUUAAAGUGUAAUGUAAGUGCCAUUGAUUCCUGAGUACUUCACAACCUUUCAGUGUAGAGAAUUUCUCUGGACCCCUCUUUGUCUAUUAUCCUGCCUGUUGAUUUAAAAUAUUGCUUAUCUCAGAUAACUUCCUUCUUCCCCAAAUUCUGAUAGCAUAUAGUUAGCUCUGUACUAGGCUUUGCCUAUCUAUCAUGCAAUAAAUAAC